AUGGAGGGGCUGAGGCGGAGCAUAGGUUGGCCCGCGGCGGCGUUGGUGUUGACAUGCGCAGCGCUGGUGACGAUGCCGACGGAGGUCUCUGCAGUGCGUUACAUCGUCGGAGCUAACAUGGGGUGGACUUCGAAUGUGAACUACACCAUUUGGGCUCAAGGCAAACAUUUCUACCUCGGCGAUUGGCUCUUCUUUGUGUAUGAUAGGAACCAGAUGAAUGUGCUUGAGGUCAACAAGACAGAUUACGAGACUUGCAAUUCCGAUCACCCCCUUCACAAUUGGACUACCGGUGCUGGAAGGGACGUGGUUCCUCUCAAUGUUACAAGAAAUUAUUAUUUCAUCAGCGGAAAAGGAUUCUGCUAUGGAGGCAUGAAAGUAGCAAUUCACGUUGAAAAACUACCGCCUCCACCAUCAUCUUUGCCGGAAAAGAGUGGUUCUCUGGGUUUGCUAUCUACUUUCAAAGGGCAGAUUUUCGUGCCGACUCUUUUUGCCAUUGCUGCUGUAUGGGACUCGUUUCUUUACCUCUGGUAG